AUGUCAAAGCUAAUCAGAAGAAAGAGCGUCUUGUGCAUGUGGGUCAACCAGUGCUUAAGUGUUUGCAGGAAAUUCGGUCGAAAUAAUGGUUACUAUUGGUUCAUCGUUCUUCCCGAAUGUAACAAAAGCCUUAUUUCCCGGAAUUCACAUAGCUAUACAAAUGGUGUUGAAAUGACUAGAAUGCAACAGCACUAUGCUCUGUUAAAUAAGAAAUGCGAAGAACACAUAACCACAUUCGAUCAAGUUAAUCCGCGGGAUGUAUUUGUAAAUAAUGAAGUAAAGUUGAGCAAAAUUCAAGUGUACGGAUUUGAUUAUGAUUACACAUUGGCUCAUUAUACAUCCGCGUUGGACGAAUUUAUUUUCAAUGAAUCUCGGAACUGGCUUGUUGAACAGAUGAAGUAUCCUGAAGAAAUUCUGAACUAUGAUUAUACUGAGUUUGCUAGACGUGGUUUACAUUUUGAUGUAAAACGAGGCUUAUUAAUGAAAGUAGAUGCAUUUCAUCAUAUUCAACUGGAUACUGUUUAUCGUGGAUUUAAACUACUGUCAUUGGAUGAGAUAUUAAAAGUUUAUCGUGGGAGUCAUUUAUCUAGUGAUAUUUUAAAACAAAAAUUUACACCUAAUAUCCACUUGAAGACUAUCUUGGUACAAUCAGAAGAAAUCUUUCAGGACACCAUUAUGAUUCAGUUGAUGGAUCUUUUCCGAUUACCGGAAAUUAAUCUUCUAUGUUCUAUUAUAGAUUUUUUUGAUCGACAUGGAAUAGAUUAUAAGCCUGUUUAUGUUUAUCAGGAUGUUUCUACAGCUGUAGCAAGAGUCCAUAAAUCUGGCCUUCUAGGUCAAACCGUAAUGUCCGAUCCAGAAAGGUAUAUUGCGAAGGCACCAGAACUAUCUACGUUUUUAUAUCGCUUAGUAAAAAAUAAUAAGAAAUUAUUUGUUAUUUCAAACAGUUCAGCUGCUUACAUAGAUAGAGGUUUGAAAUUUUUGGUUGGAAACGACUGGCAAAAAUUAUUUGACGUGAUCAUUUCUAGAGCCAAUAAGCCAUCGUUCUUUAAAUCACCACUUGGGCAAUUUCGACGUACUGAUAUCAGUGGGACUUUCAAACAUUGGGAAGGAGUUCAAACAUUUAAACGAGGUCAAAUAUAUGAAGGAGUAUGUCUUCAAUUACUUGUGAUAUAUUUUCACCAUAAUGACAAUAAUAAUAAUAUUCUGAAUAUUCAUUUCCCAAUAUAUGAUAUCAGCAAAUGUUUCUCGAUACAAAAUAUAUUAAGUGAUUAUAAAGAUGUUAUGGGUUGUUUAGAACAGAUGAUAAAACUUACAGGUUGGUCUUCAGCUAGUAUAUUAUAUUUUGGAGAUCAUGUCUAUGCUGAUCUUGCAGAUGUAGCCAGUACAUAUGGUUGGAUGACUGGAGCUGUUAUACCGGAACUUGAAAGUGAACUUAUUGCUGCGAAUAAUCAUGAUUUCAAAAUUAAUUUAAAACGUUUAAGAAUGCUAGAAAGAUUAAUUCAGGAAAACCAACAUGUUCAUACAGCUGAAGCAAAAUUAUUACUUGAAAAGUGGCUUGAUGAAAGAAAUGCUUUAAGACGUGCUAGUAAAUGUGUAUUUAAUCCACAAUUCGGAAGUAUUUUUCGUUCUUUUCAUAAUCCGUCUUAUUUUUCACAACGUCUUGGACAAUAUGCAACACUGUAUACGUCAAGAGUUACGAAUCUCUUACAUUUUCCACUAGAUCAUGCGUUUUUCCCUAAAAGAACUGCUUUACCACAUGAAUCAUUUUAA